CUGGGCUCGAAGAGGACAACUCUCUUUCCCUGCUGCUUUAGAAGGCUUAAGGCCCACCCUCUCUCUCUCUCUCUUAAGCUUCACCCCCGCCAUGCCUAAACCUACGCACCCUCUCCUGCUCGCUCUCUUCUUCUCUCUGCAGCUUUUACGCGCAAAUGCCAAAGCUUCCCCUCAAUUUCGUGAAGCCCCUCAGUUCUACAAUUCUCCAAAUUGCCCUCCCAUCCCAUCCAACCCCCUCUGCGACCCAUCCACCGUCCACGUGGCGAUGACCCUGGACGCGGCCUAUCUUCGAGGAUCAAUGGCCGUGAUCCUCUCCGUCCUCCAGCAUUCCUCCUGCCCCCAGAACAUCCACUUCCACUUCCUCAGCACGUCAUCUUAUUCCCACCUCCCUCGACUCAUCUCCAAUUCGUUCCCUUCCCUCCGAUUCCGAGUCUACCGAUUCAACGACUCGACCGUGUCGGGACUCAUCUCCGCCUCUAUCCGCGCCGCCCUAGACCGCCCUCUCAACUACGCUCGCUCCUACCUCGCCUCGCUCCUCCCCGUCUGCGUCCUCCGAGUCAUCUACCUCGACUCGGACCUCAUCCUGGUCGACGACAUUGCGAAACUCGCCGCGACUCGACUCGGUGACUCGGCCGUGCUGGCCGCGCCCGAGUACUGCAACGCCAACUUCACCUCCUACUUCACCCCGGCCUUCUGGUCCAACCCGGUCCUUUCGCUAACGUUCGCCGGGAGGCGCGCGUGCUACUUCAACACGGGCGUAAUGCUGCUCGAUCUGGACCGUUGGCGCGCGGGCCGAUACACGGCGAGGAUCGAGGAGUGGAUGGAGCUGCAGAAGCGGAUGAGGAUCUACAAGCUGGGAUCGCUGCCUCCGUUUCUGCUCGUAUUCGCUGGAGAGAUCGCCGCCGUUGAUCACAGAUGGAACCAGCACGGCCUCGGUGGUGACAAUCUGAGGGGGGUGUGCCGGGAACUGCACCCCGGGCCGGUCAGCCUCCUGCAUUGGAGUGGGAAGGGGAAACCGUGGGAGCGGCUAGACGCGAACCGGCCCUGCCCUCUGGACGCGCUCUGGACGCCGUACGAUCUGCUGCAGACCCCCUUCUCUCUGGAUUCUUGACCGGAUUCACUGCUCCGCUGUCGCACUUUAGCCCGCGGCCUGGGGCGAUGGCCAGCACCGGUACAGUUGUUACGGAAAUUCGACGCCAAGGCUUAUUCUGCUUUGAGGAGAACUUUGAUACUCUGGCAGAGUGUGAUGGUCAACACGCAGGCGCUUAGAAAUUGCUUAUAAGUUCCACACGUGGCAUGCAAAUAAUUCAAAUAAGCUGUCUCGAUAUGGACAGGUUGGUAGAUAUUUAUUGAACAGGUCAGAAUGAAAAAUAUCCAAUGGUUGCAUUCAUUGUGAAGAAUUCUUGUAUAUAUAAUA